ACACACAGACAGAGAGAGAGACAUACAAACCUCUCAGCAAGUGCCCAGUCUUCUUGAAUCUGUUUUUGCUUUUCUCGUUGAUUUUCCUCUCGCCAGCAUUUUGAGCACAGGCCCUGCCAAGCAGUGUUGCCGUAAAAACCACAUCCUUUCGUGCAAAGCAGCUCCGAUUGGUCCAGAUGGAUCCCACGCCGCUGGCUCGUCAUCCUUCACCAGAAGUAGAGAAGACUGCUGGAGGGAGAAAAAACCCAAAACAAAGGGAGCUUAGCUCUGUGAGGACUAAGUUUGUGGAUAGGGUGACCAAAGCAGUGAUCAAACAGCUUCUGGAUGACAUUUUAGAGGAUGGCAUCAUAAACGAUGGAGAAAAAGAAUCGAUAGCUGAAGAGAAUCCUACCAGAGCAGACCAGGCACGUGCUCUCAUUGACACAGUGAAGAAGAAAGGAGACAACGCCAGCUGGAAGUUUAUUGCUCACAUUAAACGCAGAGAUGGUGCACUUUACUCUGAAGUGGGUCUGUCCUCUGGUCAACCUGCUCCAAGUGCUGCUCCUGCUCUAGCUGCAGAACCCCGGAGGAAGAUGCAACGGUCGGACAACACGUUUGCAAAAGACCAGGCUGCGGAUAAAGAUGAAGCAAUUUAUCCUGUGACCAAGUAUUCUUCGUCGAAUCGUGUGGCCCUGCUAAUCAGUAACAUCGAGUUCACUAAUGAGAAAUUCAACAGAAAUGGAGCUGACAAAGACGAGAUGAACAUGGAGAAACUGCUCUCAGAUUUGGGAUAUGAGGUGGUGAAACACACAAACCUCACAGCAAAGGCAAUUGAUGAUGCUGUGAUUCGUUUCUCUAAACAUCGGAAACUCAAAGAGACAGACAGUGUGCUGGUGGUUCUCAUGUCUCAUGGGAAACUGGGGGCUGUCCUUGGUGUCGAAACAUCUGGUGAUGAUGAUAAGUUCCCUAUCAACAACAUUUACAAACACUUGGGCUCAGAGAAGUGUCCCGAACUGCUGGACAAACCCAAGAUCAUCAUCAUCCAGGCCUGCAGAGGGGAGGAAAGAGGAUCAGUAAUUGUUUCUGAUGGUGCAAACGUGCUCUGUGAUGAUGUGAAACAGCCAAGUCCACCCCUGCCUGCUGAUGAUGACAUUGAGGAGGAUGUUCUGCGUUGUGUACACAGAGAAAAAGACUUCAUUUCUCUUCUCUCCAGCACACCCGAUACUGUCUCAUAUAGACACAAAGAGGAAGGGUCUUUUCUUAUCCAGUUUAUUGCUGAGAUAUUCCCACAGUAUGCACUUGCAGAUGACAUUGAAGAACUUUUCAGAAAAGUCAUGCAACGCUUUGAAGGCCUUCCCUUUCGGAACAUAAGACAGAUGCCAACCAAAGACCGGUGCACUCUUACAAAGCGCUUCUACUUCUUUCCUGGCUCCUGAGACAGGAUCUGCUAUUUGUCGUCGUUUUGCUUCGCAUUUUGCUCCUUUGUGUGUAUGUAUGUGUGUCCACUCAUGAUAAAACUUUGUUUUGUAUAGUAUUUAGUUAAAUAAUUGCAUUUAUAUAUUUCUAUAUAAUUAACAGUGUGUAAUAAUAGGGGGACAUUUUUAUCAACUACAAAGAGGACAGUAUAUUGAGUAAUUGUGUGCACCUGCCUACAAAUUUAGGAAAUCAUAGCCUCUACAGUCAAAAUGUGUAACAUUUAUUAUCUAUUUUAAACUAUAUAAAAUGUAUAAAACACUAAACAACACGACCAUUACCUAAUUACUCAAGUAAUGUACAAUAUUAUAGUAAAAACAUUAUUCUUAAUUAAACGUUAAACAUAUUAAAUGGGCACUUAAUUUUUAAUUCUUCAUUAUGCUUGUAUCAAUUGUGUUCAGAAAUACAAAUUAAAACUUUACUACACCACUUUUAA